UCAAUAUAAUAUAAUAAAAUACUUUUGCUCCGACCGUCGACGUGCGAUGCAACGAAAGUUAGCGCGUAACGAAAUUCAAAAUCUUUUUGCUCGCACGAUGAUAAUAAAUUUAUCCUUUUUCAAAUUCCCGUACGCAGUGUUUACGCGCUAUCGGUGUGCGGUAACACUGCGCGCGCGCGCGCGCGCCGUUUUCCCUCGCAACUGUUACUGCGAUUGUGCGAUGGCAGUGACAACCGACAAUAGUCCGUUGGGACGGUUAUUGUUUUUUCUGUCGGUUUGUGUCGGGUUUUUUUUAUUCCAUUUUCAAACAUUCAUUGUUCUUUUUAUUUUUCGUUCGAAAACCGCGUGUAAUAUUUUUCUACAAGCGUCUAUCUGAUGGACACUGACGGUGAUGGUAAGAUGGAAAGCGACGAUGAGUCAUUUGUUGUUCAGGAUAUGAGAAGACUCAGCUUUGAUGGUGAAAAAAGUACUCCGGUGAAGGUAGUCACUACCUGCGCGUCUCCGGAUGGCAAUCAGUUGUUCUCGCCUUUGCUUGGAGUCAACUCUUCUACGCCAUUCCUCAAACCUCCUGUCAUACGCAAGGUGCGUCCUAGGAUUCUGUCUCCAAUGAGCGAUGCCAGUAGCUCUGAAUCUAUUCGCUCCAACAAGUUACGCAUGUCAGUCAAUCCAUUCACACCAGCUGGCAUCGCAAUAUUAAAAAAUAAACAUAGAAAGAAAUUGUCUUCAGGGCAAAAUGAUAUUUUCACUGAUAGUAUGAAUCCCAGUCUUAAUUUAACUCCACCCGACAAUAUGUUUUCAACUCCAAUUGAUCAGUCCAUUAAAGAUCUUAUAAACGAAGGAGAAGUGACUAAUGUCAGUAUAUAUGAGUUGCAAACCUCCCGUUUCAACGAAGAAUUCAGAAUGGAUAGUUUUAUUGCUACUGGUACUUUUGGGGAGGUAUUCAAGUGUACAAAUCUACUAGAUGGAAUGACAUACGCCAUUAAAAAAACCAAGAAAACAAUAUACAAUAGUAAAGAGCAUUUCAUUCGUAAAGAAGUAUAUGCACAUUCAGUGAUUGGACGACAUCCAAAUAUUGUGUCAUAUUUCACAGCAUGGCAUGAGAAGGGUCACAUUUAUAUUCAAACAGAAUUUUGUAAUGGUGGAACUCUAGAACAUAUGAUCCAUGAAUCUGAUCACAUAUUCUGUGAUAGUGCUCUAAGACGACUAUUGUGUCAUGUGUGUAAAGGUCUUGCUCACAUUCAUUCAAAAAAGCUUGCUCAUUUGGACAUAAAAGCAGCGAAUAUAUUAGUGUGUCUUACAGAUGGUACAUCAUUGUUUGCUGAAGAUAUAGAUGAUGAUGAAAUAGUUGACAAAGACAUUGUGUAUAAGAUCGGUGAUUUUGGACAUACAGUAUGUAUUGAAGAUGUUCGAACUAUUGAAGAUGGAGACUGUCGAUAUUUACCUAAAGAAUUAUUACGUGAUGAUUAUUCUCAGUUACAGAAAGCUGAUGUAUUUUCCACUGCCCUAACUGUAUAUGAGGCGGCAACUAAAAAACAUUUACCUAAAAAUGGACCUGAAUGGCAUCGCUUAAGGGAUGGUGAAUUUUCACUGCCAAAAACUCCUGUUGUUAGUACAGGACUAGAAAAAAUGCUGAAAAAAAUGGUCGAUUUAAUACCUGCCAAUAGGCCUAAUACUUCUACAAUUGUCAAUAUGUUGCUUGAUAGAGGAAUGGCUGCUGUAAAACAACAACAGAAUGAAUUUGAAGUAUGGAAAUUAAGUUCUAAUUUUCUUACACCAUGCUAUUCUGUUGAAACACAAACACCAAUAAGAAUAACUACUGGACUUAGAAGAUAUGAAAACUCAAAACUCAACCAACGUACUUAUAAAGACCGAAUUAAAAGAUUAGUUGGAAGAAACAUGAACAAAUCACGUAGUGCUCAUACUUUCUCAACUAAGUCAUAAUGUUAUUAAUUUAAUUUACAAUUAAUAUUAAUUACAGUUCUUUAUUUCUCACUUCAAUAGAAGAAAUUUUUUGAGAAUCAUUAGCAUAUAUUAAAAAAUAUUUAAUUAUUAGUUGUUCCCUUUGAUUUUUUUUAUGAUUAUUUUUUAUUUAGUUUCAUAUCAUUGUUGAUUAUUAAUCCAUUGUGAUAAUGUAUGAAAAUUAUUUUCAAAUAUAAUAAGUACCUAACUAAUGUAAUUAAAAAAAUGAGUAUAUUAAGUCCAAAAAUUA